GGCGUGCGUGAAUUAAAACCUGGCAACAACACAAUGUUUUAAAGAUUUCUCACGUAAAACAAGGGAGUGGGAAAUAGCUUAAUUUCCAAACUACUGCUUCCUUAUUGUCCUAUUGUUCGUUGUGUUUGUUCUGUUUUCCUUUUAAUAUAAUAUUGCGGAAACCGGAAUUAAUAUUUUUCUUCUAAGAAUAAAGCAUAUCCUGUGGCUCGGGUUAAUAAAUGCCAUGGUGACCCCAUGAGUUAAUCAGUUUGUCUCAAACAUUCGUUGUGGUAUGAUUUCCUGGUAAGGUAGAAAUCUCAAUCACAAAACACCGGCAAGACAAGGAAUCGUAUAGUUGUUUAAUUAAUGAAAUAUAGAUAUAUUGGAUACCAAUAAUGUCAGAAAAAAGUAAUAAAUACAGUCCCCUUAUGGUGGUUGUCGUACUAAACGCGUCGUUUACAUUCUUAUUAAUAAUAUUCGUUGCACAUCAACAAAUUGAGAUGACAAACUUGAGACAAAUGGUCAAAGAAAAUAGUCAGAAGAAAGCAGAGAAACUGGAGACAACAUCGAGCAGCAGUAACCAAGAGAAAAUCAAACCUGAAGUCACUCUGUCGCAGGUAUUGUUUAAUUCAAUUUUAAUGUCAAGGUAUUAAUACAUUCAUGUGAAUCAUGUCUACCGGCAUUUGAGCAGAAAAUAUUUCGUAUCCACAGAAAAACAGCACAGAGACAGAUGAAAAUGAAGAGUUAAAUAAAACACAAUACGGUAUAACGCGAGUAGCAAGAGACGCAAGUUCGAGAUGCUGUGGUAAGUCUCACGGAUCAAUUCAACAAUAAAUUCAACGCUGCGUUGACAUGCCUCGUUCUUUAUUAAACGCCGUUUAAUUUAUUGAGGACAACUUUAGUUCAUUGGACUAUUCCAGGACAAAAUAAAAGGGAUUUUUAAAGAACGAUGCAUUUCUAUACAGCUCAGGCUUUUAUAGGCUCGUUUACAAUAAUACAGUGUUGUGAUAUUUGACCGCGGCAAGGACCACGGCUAUAAAUAGGUUAUAUAACAUGCCCAUGUCUGUAUAUAUCGUGACUUUGUGGUUAACCCUGUGUUUGAUUUCUUUCAGGCAAAAAACGUCGAGGAAAGAAAGGGGAUACAGGUAUAUUUACUUCACAUUUACGUUUGUAUUAGCAACCUACUAUGCAGUUUCCAUUUGCAAACCAUUUACAUCGUGAUCAUGUCAAAGUUAAAGAUGUAAUAAAAUGUCGAUUAUCUGAGUAAUCACUAAAGACUGAUUUGCAUUUUGCAUACAACAUUAUACAACAGACAAGAUUGAUCAGUAACAUCGUCCAACGUGACUCAAUCACGACAGCUGCAACCAAAUGGUUCUUAACCGAUAAAAUUCAUCAUUCACGGCUAAUUUAGCGUAGAAUUAUAUUAGAAGUGAUAGAAGUCUGUGAGUUGUACUAUUCAUUUUGUCUGCUUUUAAAACACUACUAAAUAGUAAAUUACUUAUUUUUGGCACGUCUUCUAUAGAACAUAUCAUUUCACAGAGGUGACAGAAGCAUUUCCAGUCGCGAGGCAUGUUACUCAAGCCAGCUGCGUACAUGCGCUAAACAAUGUACAACUUGACCGCGAACUUGCAUGGCCUGUCUAUAAACUGAAUGAAAUUGAUACAUUGCCGUCCCACACACUUAAGUUCGAAAUAAACAGAAAACAGUGUAUAAUAUUUUCAACGUCAAUACAUAAUGAUGUAUUUGUCUUUCUGAUUGGCCAAAAUGUUUACAAAGUUCAUAUCGUGAUAUUAAAAGGCAGUUGUAAAUUAAAGGCAUCAGUACUAAAUCAUGAUUCAUGAAUUUCCUUUACGUACAGUAAUUAUACCAUAGUCACUUUUCUUGCUUCAAACAUUUUAAGCUUACAGACAGAGGCUUACAGACAUGUCCCUAUAAAAAAGUCAUAAAAAUUGCCCAAAGGCACUAUGGUUGGUAUUUUAGGAAUAAUUGAAACGUUGCCAAAACUCGGUUGCUGCGGGUUUGUGGAAAUAGAAAGUGGGAAACAGGCUCAAAAUAUAUUCGUGAGAAAAAUACAAUUUGACCUCUGUUUAAUUUGACAUCAGUUUCCUCCGGAUGCAGUCAAAAUACAUUUAUCAACGACCAUGGCUGAGGUUUGUCUGACCAUGUUUCGUAUAAAAAUGAGAUAAUAUAUAGUCAACUGUUGCUAUCAGUAAUGGUUUUACCACAUCCGCCGCUAAAUGUCAUCAUUUUGUUUCAUUGAAAAGAUCAAUUAUUGAAUAUUAAAAGCUAGGAGUUGGACAAUGCCUAGUUCGUAUAUUAAAGUUCAGCACAAACUAACCCCAUGAUUUCUUGCAUUAUUAAUUUCUACUGCCCGUACUGGCGCGUUCACUCACUAUGCUAAUUGGCUAUACUUACGAACACACUUCGACUCGUGAUGUAGUAAGUUUAGAAACGUCCGGGCAUAUACAAGCCCAUAUAGGUCUAGUGCUGUAAACGAAAGUUCCUAUAUAUAUUCAGGAUUUAUAUGUAUAUUCUCGAGUCUUGACUUGCAAGUUGCAACAUAUCUCUUGAAAACCAAUAACAUAUAUGGCGGCAAUGUACUGAUGUUGCUGCCAAAUUUAAUGAACCAACAUUGCCACAGUGCAAAUCAAGAAUGUUAAUGUUCUAGCAUACAGCAUUGACAGCGCUGUACAAAAAUAUGUAAUACAUUGAAAUAAUACAUCAUCAAGAAAACAUAAUACAUCUCCAGUCGUUUUUUCUUCUCUAUUCAAAAACGAUCUGUACGAAAUGUGGCCAAUAUUCUCGUGUUUCGUGCACCAAUACGGUAUUCCUCUUCUUGAUCUUGACACUCGCAACAUUGUUCUUAAACCCAACCAGUGUGUGCAAAACAUGGGGAUAUAACCUUUUAUGCGCUUUAAAUUUAUGUCUGACGGCAAAACUUUUAUACUGACCACGUUAAGAUAAGAGUGGGUUUUUAGCAUACAAACCAUAAUUCAUAAACGAAUAAAUGGUUUGACGAGUGUGGAGUUUAGAACUGGAAAUAAAUAAAUAAAUGAUAAGCGUUAAAGUUAUAACAACACUGAAAUUGCAAAAUGAAUGCAAAGUUGACAAAUUGUUGAAAAGAUUUACUGACAUUGUGUACGCAACCUGGUCGAGUCUAGAGUCACUCGUUGACCACGUGACUACACAAGAAUGUGAACUUUGGACUAGAUGGAAAUAUGUGGAAAUGAACCCAACAUGGGGGCAGGAUAUUAUAGAAUAUUGUUUUAUAUAAUUAACAUUGAAUGGAUUGAACAUACUUCAUGAAUUCAUGUCUAUAAAUACAACACAAUGAAAUGGUAAUAUAAAACUUAUUUACGAUUUCUUUCAUUUGACUAAAGGCCGUUUUCCACCAGGCGGAAUUUUCCGCGCGGAGCGGAAUUUCUCUUUGUCUUUUCUAAUUAAAGGUCCACCAGAGAAAUUCUGCUCAGCGCGGAAAAUUCCGCCUAGUGGAAAACGGGCUGAAGAGGCUGUUCAUUAGAGCCGCGGGCGGCUAGCCGCAAUGAACUUUAUAAACAGUUAUUGGAAUCAAACUGGAUGUUUAUCAAAACUGUGAAACAAGGCACAGCCCGACUCCAUAUAAAUAGAUUCUAAAGAAUAUAAGGUCAAUACAUGUACUUUGUUUACAAUGAGUUUUUAAUUGAUUAUUAUUUAUCAUCAUUCGAGACAGUAAAAAACAAAAUAAAGGUUUCAGUAAUUUGACAUUUAUCCUGAUUGUUUAUGGGGAUUUUUACUGUCGUGUGAACGAGAAGCACUCGAGUAUGUAACAAAGCUCCUCUUGACUUGAUUCAGCAGUCUACUAUUUCCGGAUUUAUUCAACUGCCAACAGGGGGUUACACAAAACAAUAGAUUUGUACAUCAAUUAGUCAUCAUAAAAAAUGUGGAUUGGAAUGCACGAGACAGCAAACCUGUUUUUAACCCGAAAUUAAAAUAUUCCAAUCUCAGUAGCGACAGCAGUUCUGACGAACAUAGGGAAAAUGGACAGUGCAGUACAUAUAUAGAUUAGAAAUAGAAAAGUACAAUUGUUUAGUUGUUAAUACAAAUUUAGGUUAUAAUUAUGGACGAAAUAAAUUUAUUACCCUAAUACCCUGGCACUCGCUCUAGUAAAUAAGAUGUGCCUGAUUCAACUUAAAGGGGCAGUGUCACGGUUCUACUGCGCAUCCAAAAUAUGCGCGAACUUGAAAAACUGUUUGCCAACAAUUAAUUAAUCAAGUUAGGAGUGAAAUACGAUAUACUAUUUAUAAUCCCUUCGUUAUGCAGGACAUCCUUACUUUGUUUUAAAAAUUGAAGGCUGCUGCAUCUUUUCCAAUCAUGUAUCAUUAAUUUUAAACGUUUCUAUUCGCCGUUUAUUUUAGCCAAUCAGCACCGUGAUACUGCCCUUUUAAGGUGACUUAAGAAGUUUAAGAACAAUGCUAUAGUAAGGGUGUAUCGCUCAUUCUACUAGAUUUUUAGACCAGAUUCCGGUUUUAUUACAUUUGCAUAUAUAAAUAAAGCCUUAUCGGGCAAGAUAUACUACCAGAAUACUAUUCUUAACCUUCCCAAGAAAAAAACACACUUUCACAGCUUCAUUAAUGUUUUCAGGGCUCAUUUCGAGUUUAUCUAUUGGUCGAGUGUCGAGUGUCGAGGGUAAAAAGUCGAGGGUGAGGGUAAAAGGUCGAGGGUAAAAAGUCGAGGGUAAAAAGUCGAGGGUAAAAAAGUCACCAAAAAAAUACAAAUUCAAUAUUAAGGCCAGGUAACCGCUUCGGGUAAGGCCAUAGCGACGUCUACGUGUCUUCUCGGCAGUAUUGUUAUAUAAUAUGCGUUUCACGCACAAAUGUUGGGACGUUCGCCUUUAUUGGCAUGUCAGGUUAUUGACAUAUCCGACAUGCCGCCAUCCACUGGCUCGAAUAAACAUAUUUGGCGGAUAUCACGCCUCAUAUAUCCUAAGUCCUUACUUGCAUCUUGCAUUCUGUUCUUUGGCUUAAAAUUUAUUUGAUCGAUAUUCCGCUUUCAUUUUCGCUGAAAAUAUUUUCAGACGAAUUAUGAUUCCGAUGCUGUACUGUCAGCAAGUUCUGAUGAGGAUGUAGCCUCUCCUGUAGCAUCUCCUAUAAUUACAGCUGUUUCAAUUAAAAAUCUCAAACCUUAAACUCUGAGACUGAGCGCGCAAGGUGUACUAGGGUUAUUUUCCCAAUCAAAAGCCCUAAAAAGAAGUUACUCAUCACCUCAAUCUGCUUUGCGGAAUAAUAAUUUAGCCGAUUAUUUAAUUAAGCGCAUACAGUAUACUAAAAAGAACCUUGUAUAUAUAUCAAGUUGCGAUAUAAAUUCAGUGCCCCUACCGUACUAUCGGUUUAUUUUAAUAUUGCCGGUUAAAGCAGGGCGCUUUGUUUUAAAGAGCCCUCCUUAGUAUGUAAUAUAUUCUGUAUGUGUAGAAAAUAAACAAUAUAUAACUGAUUGCAUUGCUGUCUGCACGGCUGCAUGCAAAUGCAUCAGGACGCAAAGCCACGCUGUGGCAUAUUACAUUUAAAACGCAGAAUACGCCACGUGUCGUAUAUAGUAUAUGUGCGUGGAACGUAUAUUAUAGGUUUGGUUAUAUUUGGUUUAGAAGUGCUCAUAUAACAACGCUGCCGAGAAGACACGUAGACGUCUAUGGCCGUACCAAAGCGGUUACCUGACCUUAAUAUUGUAUUUUUUUGUUAUUUUUUUCACCCUUGACUUUUCACCCUCGACUUUUUACCCUCGCCUUUUUACCCGCGACUUUUAACCCUCGACUUUUUUUACCCUCGAUUUUUUACCCUCACCCUCGACUUUUUACCCUCACCCUCGACUUUUUACCCUCGCCCUCGACUUUUUACCCUCGCCCUCGACAUUUAACCCUCGACACUCGACACUCGACCAAUAGAUAAACUCGCCCAUUUCCCUGUAUUUCAAAUGGUAUCGGCACACCUGUUGUGAUAGCAGUUGAUUGAAAUAAAAUGUGGGAAAAUUCCGUUGAAAAGCAAGCUUUCAAACAAUAAGAUACUAUGCAGUAAAACAAACGACAAGGUGAUGUUUGUAUAUAUUGUAUAUCAAUAGACAACUUGCAUGUUAGACUAAUUUUUGAUUUAGACAAAAAAAGUAAAUUCCCGUAAAGAACUUAUCAAAAUCAGUAAAAUUGCAAAAUUUGGUUGCGAAAUGUUGCAAAAUACAGAAAAUAUAGCCUUGCGAAGUUUGCAUAUUUUCAGUAUGUUUGUAUUACGUGCGAAAUUGUUACCAUUUUUGAGCCGAAAGUGGUAACAACUUCCGCACGUAAUAUACAAAUAUACUGAAAAUAUGCAAACUUCGCAAGGCUAUAUUUUCUGUAUUUUACAACAUUUCGCAACCAAAUUUUUCAAUUUUACUAAUUUCAUUACGUUCUUUUUAACUGUUGUGUUUGAUUCCCACUUAGAUUAAAAUUUUAGUCUAACAAGUAACAUGCAAGUUGUCCAUUAUCAAAACGCCAAAUCAAACAACGCUUGGGUGUUACGGUAACAAAAGUAAAUAACCGUGUGAAAAUUUGCCAAAUAUGCAAUUUAGAGAUACAUAUAUACGACGCCAUUUUAAAAAUGAUGCAAACACAAUAGAAAAGUCCUUUGGAGAUAGCAAAUAGCCGUGUGAAUAAAAAGAAACAAAUCUAGCGCGAAAUAUGCAAUUUAGAGCUACACUGAUUUUUGAAAAUGAUGCAAACACAAUAGAAAAGUCCUUUGGAGAUUGUAAAUCAGCCGUGUCGGAAUAAAAAGAAACAAAUCUAGCGCGAAAUAUGCAAUUUAGAGAUACAAUUUUUGAAAAUGAUGCAAACACAAUGCCAAUGGACAAAUGAACGCAUUCUUAUAUAUUAAAGUUGCCUGCAGUACAAGUCAUUGACUCUUGAAGUCAGAUGGCAUAAUUUGCUUGCGUAAAGUGCUUCAUGUCCGACUGUAGGCUACUACACUUUUCCAUGAGUGCUUGGCAAAAUGCACUGACUGUAGUGUAGUGGGGAUUAGCUCUUAUUGGUUCUCAGAGCGAACGGCGGUAUAAAAAGAACUAAUACAGUUAUUUCAUGCUGGUAUAAAUAUUUAAAGAUGAUUAUUAUUCUGUGGUAUGAACAUAAUGUCACGUUUCGGGUUUUCUAUACGUUAUAGAGCCAUCGAGUUAGACACUAAUAGUAUAUAUGACGUAGGCUAGGUUUGAGUUUCGACAAACUGCAGACUACUUUUUGAUUGUAUUACGUCAACGGUAAGGUUCUCAAUCUGCCAAGUUAAUUUAAAGAUUCUAGAAUAGAAAAUGUUGGCCCAGUUUCGAAGUUGUCCACAAAAACAAUGGACUAUAUUAUUGCCAUAGUAAGAAAGAAUGUUAAUUAAAACAACAAAGCUGGUAUGAAUGAAGUUAGGUCAACACAUUAGAACAGUAAGAAACAUAUUUUGAAUAAGGAAUGUGAAUAAGACAAAAUAAUUGAUGUAAGAACAAUGAAAGUGUUGAUUAACGCGGACGCUAAUUGCCCAAAACAAUAACCAUUGUUAUAUGUAUUGUUCUACUGAAACAUUAAUUAAUCUUGGGAAUGGAUUGUCGAUUUACUGAGGGGCUUGUUGAGUGUUCGGAUGAAUCGUGUCACGGCGAAAUUGUUUUCCUGACGACAAACGAUCGUUUGAAUGAACUUUAUACUGUUACUAUAAUCAAACUAAACUAAUUCAACUUGGAAAUUUGGGUGGUUAUCAAACCUACAAUGAGAACAGUUUUACUAAACGAAUCAUCCUUGGCCAGUUAACCAGGCCAGCCCAGCUCCUGCUUGCACAUAUGAACAGCCCCUAUAGGUCGUGAACGUAUUGUUUUUAUACAGUAAAAUAGCAGUAAAACUGUUUCUUUGUUCCAUUGCAAACAAAGUUACAAACCCUCUAUGAACCAAAAAUAUAUAUUUAUUCAUAUAUUUUAAUUUGGCUAUCCGGUUUUACUAGUUUACCAGUACGAUAAUAAAAUGUUUGCUGCUACAGUAGAUUGGACCCUAGCACACUGGGAUCGGUUGUUCAAAAGUCCAUUAGCACAACCCUAUAACAACCCUAUGAACCAAAAAUAUAUAGUUUAUUCAUAUAUAUUUUAAUUUGGCUAUCAGGUUUUACUAGUCUACCAGUACGAUAAUAAAAUGUUUGCUGCUACAGUAGAUUGGACCCUAGCACACUGGGAUCGGUUGUUCAAAAGUCCAUUAGCACAACCCUAUAACAACCCUAUGAACCAAAAAUAUAUAGUUUAUUCAUAUAUAUUUUAAUUUGGCUAUCAGGUUUUACUAGUCUACCAGUACGAUAAUAAAAUGUUUGCUGCUACAGUAGAUUGGACCCUAGCACACUGGGAUCGGGUGUUCAAAAGUCCAUUAGCAUAACCCUAUAGUUUCAAAGCAAACUUCCUGACAACUUUGUCUAUAAAUUUGGAAAUGUUUCUUCAGAAAUCUUGUCUGGAUCGAUAGGAGUUCACUACUCUGACGUCAGUUUGAGAUAAACAGACGUGCAGAACUACACAAACCAAAACAGCGGCCGGGUUUAAAUUUUAACCGAGGGUUAGUACUAAUUACCCAUGCACCUUUGAACAACAGGCCCCUGGUUUUUGAACCAACAAUAUCCUUAGAUAUCCUCUUCGGCCUGCCAACAGCUUACAGCACAAAAUAAUAGUUGAAAGGUACAUAAUAUUACAUACAUAAGGCGAGACUUUUUUUAUUAAUUGGUUUACGGAUUUGACUUUAAAAAUAAGAGGUCGGUAGGUCGGGAAAAAAAUUUUAAAAAAAAACGAACUGAGUAUAAAUGAGAACCGAAAUUAAUAAUCUUUAUAAAAUUUUUUAACGUCAAUUAAAAAAAACCCGCAAAAAACGUGGCUAACCUACAUAUUGAUUGUCACAACGAUAACAUGAGCCAGCAGUACCUAGAGUCAAAGUUCACUUGAAGUGUACUUCAUAUAAGAACCCCAAAUUAAUUAAAAUUAACUAAAAUUGUAAAAUUUUUGACAUCUCCAAUUUUUUAUUUUAUUUUUCACUUUCUGAAUAUUUACGGUCGGCGGAUCCGUAAACCAAUGAAUAAAAAAAGUCUCGCCUAACAUGCACUAUAGGAUUUGGGGAUUACAUAAUAUUAGGAUUUUGGGCAUCUCAUUCGAUGUAACUAAUGUCUGAAGGGAUUUGUAGAUGGAAAUUUCGAGUGGAAUUUUUAUACAUUUAUUGGAAGAGCAGUUGCGAAAAAUGCAAAUAUCGCCUCUCUGGUAGGAAUUUAUCCUGCGGCCCUGAUAAGGACUGUCAUCAGUUCAUCUACAUGGACAGUUCAUCUUCAUAUGAACUGUCUGUAGUCCAGAAGGCAGAACAUUGUUGCAGUGGGAAUAUUAAUAGCUCUCAUAUUUUGUAUUUCUGAAGACAUGUAUGGAUAUACAUGUGUCACACACGAAGUGCCAAAAGAUGUAAAUGGAAGCUUGCCAGAAAAUAUAUUUUUACUAUUUUAAUCUAUUUACCAACUGCAUGACUGAUUGUGCUAUUUUAGGAACGGAACAAAUUAAUGUACAGACAAUUAAACUUUGCUUCCUUGGUCAGAAUUAGAAUGCGGAUGUGGUUGAUUCACAAUACGAAUAUAUAUCAAAAUACGAUUAUCAUUAUCUGGCGAAACAUGCGUAUAUGGCGAAAUAUACGUCAUAAUAUGUGCCGCGCAAAAAUUUCAUACGUGAUAAAGUGUGUGUAUUAAACGCGCAAACAUUUCUACCAAGUAGUGAAACUGCGCUGCGAAUUGGUAGGGGGUGCGAAUUUGGGUUCGAUUUUUAUUGUUACAAACGUCAGGCCUCAAACCGUGUUUUACUUUAAUUAAACGCGUACUGUAUUUAUUCGCUUAAGCGCCGCCCUCGAAUAAGCGCCGCAUCAGAAACACUAAAAAUGUAAAAGCGCUCAGUGCAGCGCUUAAACGAAGGUAUUUACUAACUAAUAGAAUUCUUAUCAGUGGUCGAAAAACACUUUUUAAUCAGCUCAGAGUUUGAAAGAAAAUACUUGUUUGGGCUGUGUGUGUUCGCUGCGCUCCUCCUCAUGUCGUUGUUCUCUAAUUGUUGCGUACUGAUACACAUGAAAUAAAAACAUGCUACCAGAAAAUGCUCUUUAGUGUAUAUGUAAUGAUUGAUUAAUUUUGUGAAUGACACACAUACAGCUAGAUGCCUAAAUUCACAGUUAUGAAUUUCGUUUUAAUACUAGGAUCUCGGGGACCCAAAGGACCUAAAGGCCAGAGAGGACCAAAAGGUGGCAAAGGUAAUUCUUACCUCACUUUAUCCCACAUUAUCCUGUAUUACCAUCACAUUUUUCCAAAUGCUUUCUAAUCGGCACUAUCUAUAAAACCCAGCGUCUGCAAAAUAGAAAAUAACUAUUUCACAUUUCAUGGACAUACAAUUCAAAUGACAAAAAAAAAACAAUAUAGUAUAAUUAUAAAUACAACAGCACAUGUUGAAGAGAAAGUAGUUGUAUUUCUAACUACGCACUAAUUUCAUGAACGGUGUACCAGUGAGAAUAUAAACUAUAAAGUCUGUACAUAAUGCAACUACCUAAAAAUACAGAAAGAACUUCGACGUUUCGAGCGAAGGCCCUCCGCCUGGAAGUACCUAUCAGGCUAUCACUGACUUCUUCAGGUCCUUCGCUCGAAACGUCGAAGUUCUUUAUCAUCUACAGAGUUCGUAGUUUAUAUUUAUACUCACGAGCCGAGUCUGGGUUAAAUUAUACAUGUAAAAACGCUCAAGAUCUUAAAGAUUUCCAAACAAGUUAUAACAAGGUUGUUGUCAAGCCGAUAUCAGAGUGUGUUCGCACUGUUCCCAGUUGUUGUGACAAGUCUGGCACAAGUUGUUAUCACCUUGUUACAAGGUUGAUAACGGUAAUAGACGUGCUAUAAGUUGUUCCAACAAGACUAAUACAGGCUGUUCGUAACAAGUUGCUACGAGCGUGUUGUCAUCAACGUGUGUGGAAGCAUCCAGAAUGCUAGUCCGACAAUCACUUGACCUACCUGUAUUCAGGUAGUAAAUGUAGAUAAAAUAUUCUUUCACGUGGUCAACGUUACCUCAAAAUCUACGUCAUUUUAUUUCUGCAGGAGAAACUGGUGAGAAAGGCGAUCACGGUGACAAAGGUAAAAUUUCAAUAUAGUAGUGCCCUAUAUCUCAAAGUUAAACCCCCAAAUCCCAAAUUGUUGCACUGAGCAAAAUAUGAGAUCUAGACCACAUUUCCCACUUUUUUCUAUAUCGAUCCCAUUGCUCAUGUAUUUCUUUCUUACCAAAUCCCAGUUCCAACAGCAAACUUAAAAGAAUAUCGCUGAGCAGGUGUUUCACUUAUGUGUUGACUUUAUUGCACAAUUUUCUGUUUUCAAUAGCUGUCUUAAUAGAAAUAACUUCACGAAGUAAAAUGUUCAAAGUCUAUAAAUAAUAUAUCUAUCAAUAUCUGUUAGUUGCUAAGUAAAUCACUGAUUCUCAGAAAAAUGACCUGCAGCUGAAGAAGCUCGAAUGCAGUCUCAUGUGGCCAGGAUAUUUUUAGACAAUCUCGCAAUCAAAAGUUUCUCAGUAGGCUUUCGUUGAAGUUUUUUUUAAACUCGGAAUGUCCAACUACAACUGUCUUUAUGAUGGUAUUUGGAUUUUCCCAUUUUUGUGUCUGUCAUUCCCAGUCCCAGUAACGUAAAUCGUAUUUUCCCACUCCAAAAAUAUGCAAUCUCAGUUCCUAUUUUACCCCCUUUAGGACCCAUUUUCAAAAAUUAAAAUGAAAUACGAAGCAAAUUCGUUCGUCAAGUAAAAUCUGGUGGCGAACAGUAUUCAUUACGAACUUCCUCUAUUGUAAUUGUGCAAGUAAUCAAAGUAACACCCCGAUUGCAUUUCUCAAUAUAUCACGUGUUUUCUCAAUAUAUCACGUGUUUUCUUUCCUCAAGGUGACACCGGAGCACCAGGUGCACAGGGACCGCCAGGAGUAUCACCCACUUUAAAACCUACACCAACAGUAAGUACUAUUUCGGGAUUCUACACUUUAUUUGUCUAUGGAACGCUGUAUGCUUGUAAAUGUGGUCAGCAUGUAUACUGUAUCUUUAGCUUCAUUAGCCUGUAGGUAAUAGGUAGCUUUCAUCCAUCCAUCCUCGUUCCCAGGGAGGUUGACUUUCAUCACGGUCCAGUUCAGUGCAUAUGGAGAGCAUUUAAAAUAAUCUCAUGAUUUGAUAUGCCAUUGGGCUUAUCAUUAAAAAGAUACCACAUACCUUAGACUAAAGGUCUAAUGUUUUAGUUUUUAAAGCGGACAUGGUAUUAAAACUGUCAACAUGAUGGUCCAAUAUCAUCCUCCAUUGUGGAUGCAACAUUGUUGGCCUUGUUUCAACACUGUGUUGGGUAAUGUUGACUGAUGUUGGAAGAUGUUGCAUUGGUUUGAAAUUUCCAUCCAACAUUAUUGGAGCAAUAAUAACGGACGAUGAUGGACUCGUGGCGCUUAACGACGUAACGAGAACAAUACAAGCAGGUUGCUCAGACAUCCUCAUCGUCUACGCACGUAAAGACGCAUUACUUGAGUAGGAAACCAGCAACAGACUUUAAUUACAAUGCUGUUUCAACAAAUUGUUAUCAGGAUAUGUUCGCACUGUUGCUAGCCUCUUGACAAUUUGUUUGCAAGGUUGUUGACUCAACCAACUUGUUACAAGUUGUUAUACCGUCCUGCAAUUUAACAACUUGUCAACAAGAUGGGACCAACUGUUUUUAGCAACAUGACAAACAAACAAUAUUGUUACAGCUUGUUGACAAGCUUGCUACGAGCCUGCAUGUUACCAACACAACUUGUUGACAAAAAUGUGAAAUUUGACAACUGAUUUACCGUAAUGAAGUCACAUAGCGCCUUAUCAUGAGCCGUAAUUAGAAAUUAUUGUCGGUGAGAAAUUUGAAAAUCUUAGAUAUUAUUUAUUUUUUACAGUAUGCUGAAUCCGCUCAUCUCGUAGGGUAUGGUCGUGCAAGAAGACCAGACUUAUGUAAGUAACAGCGAAUUCGUUAUGAUUAACAGUGUUUGAUAAUUAUAUUGAUAUCAUCAGUGUGUUAGUGAUAUAUUGAUAUCACCAGUGUUUGAUAUAUUGAUAGUGUUUGAUAUAUUGUUAAAAACUCAUUAAUAAUUCAUAAGGAAAGGACAAAGGAAAUCACCACAGUGUCGGUGUUUUUAUAUAUGUGAUAAAAAUCAUGAUGAUUUACAUAAACUUUAGCUUUGAUAUUUUCAGCUCAGACAACUCGUUGAUAUUUAGAAUUACUCCGCCAAUGAACUCAUAAGUUAAGUCGUUUUUUAAGCCAUUUAAAACACGAGCAGGAGUGCUUUAUCAGAUAUAAGGCACUCGACUGUCGCCUCGUGUUUUAUACCUGAUAAAAAAUAGUACAUACUAUAUAUAUAUAUCAUCAGUGUUUGAUAUAUUGAUAUCAUUGCAGUGCGCUGCCCCAGUGCUGAUACAUAAUUGAUUAUUAUACUGAUACCAUAAGUGUGUUUGGAGUUCUCUUUUAAUUCAAGUCCGUUUGAGAAAUAACAGAACAAAGUUGAAAGCUGUUUAUACCCAUCAACAUACGUUUCGGUAUUUCAUACGCCAGUGAUAAACACUUCCUUAUUUAUUAUACAUUACAUGAGAGUGCAUGCACAAAUGAACAGAAUCUUGGUAACAGAAUAUUUUUACGUUUCUACAGCAUACAACAGAAUAACAAAGUGGCUUGUUGGUCACACCUCAGGAGGAAUGCUCUACAGUAAUGGUUAUCUUUACGUAGCACACGAUGGGUAUUACUACAUCUACUCCCAAAUGUAUUACUAUGCUGGUGACACAGCAGUAAUGGCGCACAGAAUGAAAAUUAAUGAUGUUGUCAUGUUAACUGGACACAGCAGUGCAAGUUCAAGCAAUAAAUUCAAUACAAACUAUGUUGGAGGAGUCUUCCGUCUUAACAAAGGACAACGUAUCUCUGUUGCAGCGCCAUUUACUAAGACAUAUUACUUCAACAGACAUGAGUCAUAUUUUGGAGCAUUCUUGCUUCAUGUAUAAAUCAUUGUCACUGAACUUGAAAAGAUUUGGAAUAAUUACUCUUAGAAAUUCCUCUGAUUAACCCGACUAUUAGAAAUUCCUCAUUGGCCUUCGAAACCUAUGCUAUCAGAUCGUUUGUUAACAAACUUAAAAUAAGUAUUAACAGCCAUUGUUUCUAUGGAUGCUAUAAGUAAUAACAGCUAUUGUCUCUAAAAAUUAAUUUGUCAAAUUUUCAGCUAGAAGUAAUCACAAACACUUCAAGUCUUUCAUAAUUUUAAGUUUUUAGUUGGCUACUUUUUGUGUUUAUUAGGCUGAUCUCUGAUUUGAAAAUAUUAGUUUGACGGCACCUAUCAUUCCAGGUUUUUAAUAUAGUUCAGUAGCUCUGUAAAAUCGGAACGUGGUUCAUUGUAGCUUUCCAUGAACUCAGAUAACAUCAGCCAAAAUUUUAAAAUAUUAAACAAAUCCAGUAGAAUUGUUUAUUAUUAUACAAAAUGAUUUUCCAAUGCUGCUCUUACUUUUUGUGAUAUAUAAUUAUAGAAUUAUAUAUUUUGUAAAUAUAUAACUAAUUGUAGAUACGUCAGUGUAAAAUAUGUUUUAAGAUAUGAUCAUGAUUAUAAAUAUACGGUAGUAUUUUACAUUUUUAAUCGAUAAUUUGCCCAAAAUAUUUUUGUACAGUAAAUACCAAUAAGUGUUAAUUCAAUUUAAGUGUUCACAUACACUGUAGACUAUUAUAGAUUUUUAUAUAUGCCUGGGCUUCUACAUUUUUGUAAUAUAAUAUAUAGAUAAUCUGAUACAUGCA